GCGCUCGCCUCCCUCCCUGCCCCCCUCUCCGCACACACAUCCACACACGCACACCCCCUCCCUGCCUCCCUCCCCGCGCGCCGCCCGCCCCGCCGGCCCCGCUCGCCCUCGCGCGCUCGGAAGGGAGUCGCGAGACGUCGGAGCGGCGGCCACGUAGCGCUGCGGCGGCGGCGGCGGCCGAGGCCGGGUCUGAGGAGCGGCCCUGAGGACAGACGUUGGGCAGGGGGGAGGGGCCGGCCCGGCCGGCGGUUGUUACUCCAGCGCCGCAGCUACAGGCCCCCCGCCGCAGGGAUGGACCGCCGAGGCUGCGGUCGAGGCGGCGGAGGCGGAGGCGGCCGGCCCGGAUUGAACAUGUCUGCCUUGUCCUUUGGCCAACACCCAUCAUGGAUGCAAGACGGGUACCACAGUUACAUCACGUCCAGACAAGAUGACCUCCAGCAGAAGAUUUACCUAUUUGAAAGCUUAACCAUUCUGUUGCAAGAAGGUGAAUUAGGCUGGACGUGGUGGCUCACACCUUGUAAUCUUAGCACUCUGGAAGGCCCAGAUAAGAUGCUCCAAGUCCCUUGCAGCUCUCUUCAGAAGAAAAAUCGCUAGUGCUCUGCUCUUGCCAUAAUACCAAACCUUUUUGACUUAUACUUUGGUGCUGCAACACGGGAAGAAUUACACACAGGUUCCAGGAAUAACUUUUUUUUUUUCAUUUGAGUGCUUCUUUGUGGAUGGAAAAUGAUUUGAGUCUUAAUAAUUACUUUGUUUUUAAAGCUAUUUCUCUAUAGUCUGAACUCUUUAAUAAAGUGGGCCACUUAACCAAUGAGCCACACAGCCAGUUCUUGUCAGGAGCUGGUUGAAAACUGUGCUGUGCAUGUAGCAGGGAUGGCACAAGAAGACAGCCGUCGUGGUCAAGUGCCAUCUACAUUUUAUCAUGGUGCCAACCAAGAACUUGACCUGUCCACCAAAGUGUACAAAAGGGAAUCAGGAAGUCCUUAUUCUGUGUUAGUGGACACCAAGAUGAGCAAACCGCACCUCCAUGAAACAGAGGAACAGCCAUAUUUCAGGGAGACAAGAGCAGUGUCUGACGUGCAUGCUGUUAAAGAAGACCGGGAGAAUUCUGAUGACACGGAAGAGGAGGAAGAGGAAGAAGUCUCUUACAAAAGGGAGCAGAUCAUAGUAGAGGUAAACCUUAAUAAUCAAACAUUAAAUGUAUCUAAAGGGGAAAAGGGUGUCUCUUCACAGUCCAAAGAGACUCCUGUUCUUAAGACAAGCAGUGAGGAGGAAGAGGAAGAAAGUGAGGAAGAGGCCACAGAUGACAGCAACGACUAUGGAGAGAAUGAAAAGCAGAAGAAAAAGGAGAAGAUAGUGGAGAAAGUUAGCGUCACACAAAGGAGAACAAGAAGAGCUGCCUCUGUUGCUGCAGCUACGACUUCCCCUACUCCUAGAACUACAAGAGGUCGUAGGAAGAGUGUAGAGCCACCUAAGCGUAAGAAGCGGGCUGCAAAGGAGCCCAAAGCACCAGUCCAGAAAGCUAAGUGUGAAGAGAAAGAGACUCUGACCUGUGAGAAGUGCCCCAGGGUAUUUAACACUCGCUGGUACCUGGAGAAGCACAUGAACGUUACUCAUAGGCGCAUGCAGAUUUGUGAUAAGUGUGGCAAGAAGUUUGUCCUGGAAAGUGAGCUGUCCCUUCACCAGCAAACAGACUGUGAAAAAAACAUUCAGUGUGUUUCCUGUAACAAAUCAUUCAAGAAACUCUGGUCCCUUCAUGAACAUAUCAAGAUUGUCCAUGGAUAUGCAGAAAAGAAAUUUUCCUGUGAAAUUUGUGAGAAGAAAUUCUAUACCAUGGCUCACGUGCGGAAACACAUGGUUGCACACACGAAAGACAUGCCAUUUACAUGUGAAACCUGUGGAAAAUCAUUCAAACGCAGUAUGUCACUCAAGGUGCACUCAUUGCAGCAUUCUGGAGAGAAGCCCUUCAGAUGCGAGAACUGUGACGAGAGGUUUCAGUACAAGUACCAGCUGCGCUCCCAUAUGAGCAUCCACAUUGGGCACAAGCAGUUCAUGUGCCAGUGGUGCGGCAAGGACUUCAACAUGAAGCAGUACUUCGACGAACACAUGAAAACACACACUGGAGAGAAACCCUUUAUCUGUGAAAUCUGUGGCAAAAGUUUCACCAGCCGCCCCAACAUGAAGAGGCACCGCAGAACUCACACAGGCGAGAAGCCCUAUCCAUGUGAUGUUUGUGGCCAGCGGUUCCGCUUCUCUAACAUGCUUAAGGCCCACAAGGAGAAGUGCUUUCGAGUGACCAGCCCCGUGAAUGUGCCGCCUGCUGUCCAGAUCCCACUUACAACUUCCCCAGCCACCCCAGUUCCUUCUGUGGUGAAUACACCCACAACCCCAGCUCCUCCAAUCAAUAUGAAUCCUGUAAGCACUCUUCCCCCCCGGCCCAUCCCCCACCCCUUCUCACACCUUCAUAUCCACCCACACCCUCACCACCCACACCACCUUCCCAUCCCUCCAGUCCCUCACCUCCCGCCACCUCCGGCUCUCUUUAAGAGUGAGCCUUUAAAUCAUAGAGGCCAGAGUGAGGACAACUUUCUGCGGCACCUGGCAGAGAAGAACACUUCAGCACAGCAUCAUUAACAUCCAUCUCCUUAAGUGUGUUCUCCAGGAGUUAUAUGUUCCCAUGUGUGAGUUGGCAGAGAGGGAGUUGGUGAGCAUGUCUGUAGUUCUCAGACUCUCCUCAGUCUCUACCAGAAUCUUUGUCAUUGUCUUGGUGAAUCAACAGAUCCAAGGGAAUGAACAAGAAGACUACCUUGAGCUCACAGAGGGAACUGUCUUCUAAACCAGGGGAACCACCGAACUAAAGCCCAAUUUGCUUGCAUUUUUCUGGUGACUUUUGUAAGUUUCAAAUACUCAGACUUGUGGAAUUUUAUAAUUUCAUAUCAGCUGAUGAGGUAUGCUUGCUUUUAUAUCCUGGACUUCUCCUCAAAGAGGGGAUAGGCCUGGUUUCCUUUGUACUAAUUGGGAAGGCUGUGAAAUUAAUCCAGAGCAUUAAUUGUAUCACUGUGUAUUGUAAGGAAUUCUUUUCAGCUUUUGGUGCUGGCUACAGAGUUGAGCUGGCUAUGUUUCACAGUUUAUCAAGCAUUAUAGAGAAAGAUGGAAAUUUUCUUCUUUGUGUAGCUCUUCUAAUGCACUCUUUAUUUUACUACAGAAAUUAUUUUAGAGUUUUUGUAUAGACUUCUUUAGUAGUGUUUCUAAAAUGAAAUGUAUUUCAAUAAGCGUUGUAAUUUUUUCAGUGUAGCUGAACCUACGUUGUAAAAUAGAAAAAAAUUUUAUAAUCAUCAAAAUGUGAUUCUUAAAGAUGCAUAUAACUUCUAUAAUUCAAAGUUAUUCUUACAUCCGUACAACUCAAAGGUGCUUCAAAGACUAGAUGUAUCUGAGAGGGUCUCCAGACCAGGUUACUGCAAAAAUGAGGUUUUGCUUUCAAAACUUGACAUAAGUACUUGGUAGUUUUUAACUCUCUGCUUAACACUCAAAUAUCUGUUAGACUCAGUGACAUGCUCCAUCCUCCAUAUUCCAUUUGGCUCAUUUAGUGCAUUAAAUAAAAUGAUUUGCAGGGGGUUGGGCCUUUUCCAGGGAAGUCCCCUAGAACUUUCAUGUUUUGAAAAUUUGAGUCAGGCUGUUCACCAAUAAGAAGAGGAAGUAGUGGAGAUUGUUUCAUCUCUGUCACUUCCUUUAGGAACUGGCUCAUGUUUAACUUUUACGGGAUGACAAAUUGAAAUCUCUCAUUUUGAGGUUGCUUUAUUUUUCUAGAAUUGUUAUGAGAAGCUAAAAUAGUAAACUAAAAUCAUAAACAUGAUGUUGCUGACAGUAGUUGAGAAAUUUGGGUGAGAAAACAAUUGGUUAUGAGUUUUAAUGUCUGUUAUAUAGAGAGAGUGCCCAAAAAAUAUAUACACAUUUUAAGAAAGGAAAAAACUGUAUUAAAAUUGUAAUACCCAAUAUAUACUGAUAACAAGAUGAAUAUGUCACGUUUGACUUAUGCAAUUACAAGAGGUGCUCAAAAUAUAUACAUAAUAUAUAAUGCAUAGAUAACAUCUCUUAUGUGUAUAUAUUUUUUUGGUACCCCCAUAUAGUAUAAAAUGUCGAUAUAGCCACAACUUUGAGCUGUUCUAACUCAGUUUAACUUGCAGUGAGGGAAAACAUUAAUUUUGCUGCCCUGUCCUCUGCAAAUAAUUAUGUGAUAACAGCAUUUUUAGGUGAUAAAGAGAGUAGCACCAACUUUAGGCAGGUUCUGUUUCCAUGUUUGGGGAACUUCAAAAGAGCGUGGUCCACUAGGAGCUUAUAGGAAAAGCUGAACAGAAGAGCUAAUGAAUUGAUUACAUUUAGUGGAUCAAAUUUAUCCAGGCUCAUUAUAGCUUAAAUUUUUGUAUUUCUUUAUCUCAGAGAACUGUGUUCCCUAGCUAGGUCACUCCUUUGUCCUUUGUUUUGUUUUGUUUUCUUUUAAGAGACGUGUUCUCACUUUGUUGCCUGGGCUAGAGUGCAGUGGCUAUUCACAGGUGCAAUCAUAGCUCAUGGCAGCCUCAAACUCCUGGGCUCAAGUGAUCCUCCUGCCUCAGCCUCCCAAGUAGCUGGGACUACAGGCACAAUCCCCUGCGCCCAGUCCUUUUUGUAAUCUUGAAAUCUUUAUUUUUAUUUCUUCAGGCUCUUAAAUCAUUGCCUGAAUCAGAACUCUGGCUUUUAUUUAUUUUUAAUAUUAAAUGUGCAGAUAUGCCUCAAGCACUUUUCUAGCUUAUUAACUCCAUGGUAGGAAAAAAUGAAACUCCUUCAAUUGAGGUCAACUCUCUAUUUUUAAAAUAUCACAUUCUCUAUUACCUUUUUCGUUUAAUAUUUUUAAAUUUUCUUCUGAUUUUUGCCUAUCCUUUGUAAUGAGCAUAGGAAAAUUUGGGAAUGAGGCAGUGAAGUAUCUCAAGACAUAUUUUUCUUCCUGUUUUUGGAUAUAAGUUUUAAAGAAUGGUAUUUUUAAUAUUUGUAUACAUUCUUUGAGUACCCAGGUACCUAAGCCAAUGAGGAAAGUUAAUUCCUUGCUUAUGACUGUUAUAUCUUUAGUGGUUGAAUGGUUGUCUCCCCCUACCCUUCACAAUCUCCUUAGCAUUCCAGGACAAGUUUGUAAAUCUACACUUUUAUAUGGAUAUAUCAUCAUCUCAUGGUCAAGCCUGUAGCACUAAAGUGAUUUUUUUUUUUAAAAAGAUGUAAAUUGUAGCUUAAUUGGUUACAACUUACUUUAUUCUAAAUUAAUUUACAGUAUUGGGCAGUGAUUCUGAAUUCACCAUUUAGCCAUUUCAUGAGGUGUACUAUAGUUAUACACUGGAAAAUUCAGGUAGUCAUCUUUAAUUUUUUUCAAGUAACUAUAGCCAUAAGAAAAUAAUCUGCUACAAAAGAAAAUCAGUAUUAAGCAAAUGUCACCACCAUCCUUAACAGAAGCAGAAAAGGAUUAUUAAAAAAUAUAUAUCAUCGUCACACAGUACAAUUCUUAGUGAACUGUGCUGUUGAACUAUCUAGAAACUUCUAAUUUUUUUUUCCCUAGAUAAGUAUACCUUCCCUGACUUGGGAUUUGUGGUCUUCAGGAAAAUUGCUCAGAAUAUUACGACUUCUUAUCAUUGUCACAUUACAUAUGAAUAAUGAAAUGCGUUAAGAAUAUUCACAACAUUAAUGCUUCUGAAUAUAAGAACUGCAGGAUUAAGCCUUAAACAUGUUUGCAUCAGGUUAACAUGCUCAAGACUCAAACUCAGGGCUGGUAAUUUGCAUGGGGUCCUGUACUGAGAUAAAAGUUGCGUUAUGUGGUAUAUUCUCUUCCACAUAUGCUGUUGUACCCCAUCAGUUCUUCAAAACCUAUUACCUGUUAUCUGUUUAUGAAAAAAAAAAAAAGAAUUAUGGAGGAGUUUGAGUUCUCAGCCAUUAUCUGUACUUACGUCUUUGAAAGACAACAAAGGCCACAUUUCAUCAUUAUAUAGAUGUCAAAUUGAAGCUGUUUCUCUUAGUUUUACUGUCUUCAAAGGCUUGUAUCAUUGCUAGGGUUAAGACUUAUUUGAAGAAGAUCCCAAGGACUUUUUUGAGUUGGCAUUGCAUUUUUUUGUGGAAAUUUUUGCUUAUUUUUGUGUUGUUUUCAUUUUUCUAUUCUUAGAUUUAUCGUUCAAAUAUAAACUCUUCCUGAGCCUUAAUGAAAGGCUGCUGCUUUCUCAAAUUGAGUCAGGUAGCUCAUACUGUGUUAGAUUUUUAAAUUUGAAUGCAGAAAAGGAUGAACAAUUUAAAGGCAUGUCGCUUCAUCUCCAUGCAUAUUUGUGAUUCGACUUAUUUUUUAGCAAACAAGGGAGGUCUCCACAAAAAAACUUUACUAAAAGAAACCUUUACAAAUCAGUUACAUAUACUUUUAUAGUGUACCAUUUACAUUAGCUAUUCUAAAUUAAUGACUGAAUGUGGACAUAACCACAGUUGGACUACUCUUUUAAACUAUGUUGUUGGAAGUACCUUUUUAUUGUGGUUAGAACUUUCCUUAUAAUUUAAUUGUCCCUACUAUACUAACAGAAGGCAAAAUGCUCUGAAAUGAUACUUUUAUACUUUGAAUUUUUUACUUCUUGAAAUUGCUUUCAGUUUUCUGUUUAUUGAAUGGAUAUGAAUGUUUAGUUUCAUUUUGAUUUCACUGAAGUUUUAAAUUUUGAGAAGUUGAUGCAGAAAUAGAAAUUCAUUGCAGACAUACAUAUGUCUACCCCAUCUUGCAGAUUCUGCUUAGUAAAAUGGAAUGGUAGGUGGGUUUUAAUGUAAAAAAAAAAAAAGCUAACUAAAAAACUAAAGAAACCCUUCUGUUUGAGUUACUGUAUAGAAAAGACAACUUUUAUUGCCUUGCUGAUCCACAUGAUGAAUAUGUCAAUGCUGUUCUAGACUAUAUGGGAAAUAGUUCAUGAAAUGGGGGAUACGUUGCAUUUAAGAAUUUUAUCAGCUAACUAUCAUUAAAAAUAAUCACUUCAUUUGAAAUUUUUCAGAUUAUAAAAUUGAGCAAGUAAAUAUUGGGUUUUAAUUUUCCUUUACCCAAAUCAAGAUAGGAAAUUUCCCAAAAGAUUGUUUUUUUCUGGAAUGAAAGGUCAUAAGCCACUAGAGGUAAGUGGCGUUGUUAUGCAAUAACAACACUCUAGCUAACCUGCAUUUGUCAUCUGUAGCAUUUAUAAUAAAUGAUGACCUUCCAACCCUGGACACUACCUCGAUGAAGCAAAUCAGAGAUCCUCUCUACACUUUCUAUGGAAGCCAUAAAAGUUGCCAUCAAUAUAUCCACUUUCAUAGCUCUAUACUUUUAUACUCUCUAGACUUUUUAUAGACUUUAUGAUCAGAUCUUUUUGUCUUAGAGGAUAGGUUUUGCAAGAUUCAAAGAAGAUCAAACACUCUGGUUGUCUCAAUUAUGAAGCUUUAGCUUCAGUAAAUUUGUUUAAAGAACCAGAUAACUAACAUAACAUUUCUCAAAUUCUUUAAGUCAAAACUACUUUGCAAAGUUGCAUAUCUGGAAAAUAAACUUCUCUUUCUUAUUCCCUAGGUAGAAGGUAUAUUGUUAUAAGAAACUACUUAUAAAGUGGCUUUCUUUCUACCUUGUUACUCUUUGUAUUCCUUAAUAAUAUAUCGUCACAGUUCUUGGAGUUGUUUUUAUUUCUUUAUGACAGAUACGUGAGUAUACGCCUCUCUCUAAUCUCACUGCAGCUUCAGUCUCUCUCACUCUGUUCUUGAGUGCCUUCAAAAAGCCAGCAUCCUGGAACAUUCUUUUCUUAGUCUAAAUCCUACCUCUGAUAAUUUCAUUCUCCAUGUAUAUUGGAAUUCACCCUUAUUCCAAUGAGUUUAACUCUACAAACUAGCUAAAACCUUGGACAAAAAUUUUGGACUUCUCUUUUGUUCCCCCAUGUCAUUUUUAGGUUACAAUUUCAACUUUUGUUUAUAUCUUCUUUCUUUACAUAUCACAUCUCUAGUGUUGAAAGAUACUAUCCUUAUUUAACUCUUCACCUUCUUUCAUCAGAAACUAAAUGUUCCUUUAAAAUUAAAGGUCAUUGAGUGUGUCUUUCGAGGAUGACCUUUUCUCAUCUGAAGUCUUCUAAAUGCCUCCCCUUUCUGAUUAAGGGAUCCCGAAUGCUGCUGUUGCUGUGCCCUGUUCGUACGUGCCCUCUCUCUUCCGUAAACGUUUUGUAAGGCUGUACCCAUCAUCUUAGUCAAAUUAAUUUAAAACUGGUCUCUAGGUUCUCUGCAGCCCUAUCAGGGGUCCUCAAACUAUGGCCUGUGGGCCACAUAUGGUUGGUGGUGUGAUUGUAUUUGUUCCCAUUUUGUUUUUUUACUUCAAAAUAAGAUAUGUGCAGCGUGCAUAGGAAUUUGUUCAUAGUUGUUUUUUUUUAAACUAUGGUCCAGCCCUCCAAUGGUCUCAGGGACAGUGAACUGGCCCCCUGUUUAAAAAGUUUGAGGCCCCUGCAGCCUGCCUCUCUCAUCCCCCAUCCCUCAAAAACCUCUAUUUACUUUCUUUUCUAGUUGUUUUUAUCUAAAUCAUUUUAAAAGUAUGACUGAUGCAUAAUAUAUGAAGGAUGUAGUAAAAAGAGGCUUGUAGUGUUCUCCAUGUGAUACGAGCAUCUCCAUUGUAAAACAUUUUAGCAAUUGGCUAGUCUUUCACAGCUAAAAGUGAAGUUUGUGCUCUUGCUUCUUUUCAAUUCUCUUUCAAAACUGAAAGGCUGGGCGGCAGAGAGCUCUUUAAAAUGAGGAAAUAGAAUUGCAUUUUGUUUUUUUUUUUUUUUUUAGAUAAAUGAAAGCUAUUAAGUAUUUUGGCCUUAGUCAAAAUCAUUUCUUUCUGGCUUUUAAAAUCUCAUGCCUUUUUCCUUAAAGUUAAUAGUACUCAGGUUUUUAAGACUAAUAACCACACAAAGUGGGAAUCUAAGAAGGCAGCUGUUAACAAAUUCUUAAUCUUUUUUGUCUGGUGGGACAGUGCAGAAUUGUGACAAUUGGCUGUUUGAUAAUAAAUAAAUUCAAGACAUUUGAAGGCUUCAAUGGCUAUUUGGAAUAGGAAAACUUGUUUACAAGGAAAAAGGCAGAUUACUGUAUUAUAGAAAUCAAUAACAAGUUUUCUAGUUUUAAAUACCUUUCACUUAAUUUGCCUUGAUGUUCCCCAAUAUUGACCGAGAAGUUUGCCUCUUUUGUAAUACCUGGCUACCUAAAGUAUCUACUUUAAAAUUUGUGGCUUUUCUCUUUAGAGUCCUAGGCAAUAAAACAAUGGAGAGCCACGCUUGCUUGUCACUUGAAGGCAAACUGCUGUGUUGUUUUAUGUCUUCAAUGGGAAACAUUUGGCACAGUAUCAAAGGGAGUCCUUUCCCUGAGAAGAGUUCCCAGCUUUCUAGUUGUAGGUUACUUUCACACUACUUUAGCUUCUCUGGUGUGAUCAGGGAUGUUAGAAACUACUUGAAAAUGAUUUGGGAUACAUGUAGGAAAUGGGGAGGGGACAAAAAGGCGUAGAAGCUGAAUUUUGCUUAAGGAAAAUCAGAAAGACAUCUGAUACUUGCAUUGGCUAGUUUUGAUCAAAUCAAGAGCAGGUCUCUGUACUGGCUGUGCCAAAGAAUCAAGUUUCUUAAUAUCCAGCUCCUCUGAAUGAACACAGCUUCCUCUCUACCUGCAUUUUUACAGGUGAAUAAGGGACUAUGUUAUCAGUAGGACAGAGAUUGCAGCUCACAUCCUGCAUAGGACUUGAGACGGUAUUUUAUUGCAUUUGAAAGUUGGUGGGAUCUGUUCAUGUUUGAUUAUUUAGUGCAUUAAUUUAAAAAGAAAUAAGUAGUAUGGCAUAAUUUUGGUGUUUACUUCCCAAGGUUAUAUAUGUAGCCUCUAAAAAUCAGAUGAAUUCUCAGUCUUCCGUAAGUUUGUAUAUGCAUUUUAUUUGCUUCUUGACAUGGGCUAUCCCAAUUCGCUUCCAUCAGCAGUUCUAGCUUUGUCCACAAGGGAGCAAUAAUGUACUUUAGCUGCUUUUUUCUUGCCCUUCUAAAGAAACAUCCCAUUUUUAAGUCUCUUCUGGAAUAUCCUCUCUUGGCUCAAUGUUUAUUUAUACAUUUUUAUUAUUAUAAGAAAUGUUCCCUUAUUAAUAAUUCCAGAAGUUGUUCAGUCCUCAUGAUGCAAGCAAAGAUUGAUGUGAGGAUCUGGAGUCCUUGUGGGUCAGGCAUCUUAAUUAGACUUUUUAAAUAUUGGUGACCCAAGACUGAAAGCUAGGGGCUCCACUGUGUGCUAAAUGCAGAGUGGGAAGGCUACCCUCAUUUCUUUCUUCCACAUCCCACCACCAGCAUGAGACCAUCCUAUCUCUGAGAGGGACAAGAGCAGCAGGUGAGCUCUAGAGCAUCAGAACUUCCCACCUUCUCAGUUCCAGAGGAUAUCUGUUACAUCAGGGAACACACGCACUGCUCGGAUCCCGCGUCCUCACCCGCCUGUGCAGUGGGCACUUCUCCAGGUUAGAAUUCAGUUUGUUCUCCUUCUGCCAGUUACCUUCAGGUUCCUAAAUCUUCUUAGCUCUCCAACCAUGAGUUUUGUUUAUUGCAGCAUCUCCACAACAAACAGGUCAGUAAUCGAGGACAGGGAAACGCCAGACUAACUAUUUCCUUGUAGAGCCAGGAGGCAUUUACACUUCAACAGGCCUUCUGAACUGAUUUCUGCCUGGCCCCUUUUCCUCCAGCCACAUGUGAACCUGAGCAAUACCAGACACACAUAGUGCUGUCAACUUGUGACUCCAUCACCUGACAACAAAUCCUGAAGCUGUGAUUGGUCUAGGUAGCAGGUGGCCAGAUGUGACUUGUUUGUUUUUUUGUUUUCUCUAACAGUACUGAAAUCACUUGCACUUUUCCUCAUUUCUUAAAGAAAAGAAAAUCCAGUUUGCUUGCCAGGAAUUGUUUAGCAUUAGGUUUACAAAGUUUGUUGUUGAAUGUUGAAUAUUUGUCCAAAGGUGUUUGACAAAACAGAAGCUGCUUGGUCCCUAUUCUGCCUGCUAAGUCAUAAGGAUUAAGGCCAUGUGGCUGGGGUACUUAUGUCAAGUCCGGAAUGGGGCAGUAUCCCUCUCCUACCUCUCUGCGGAGACGCAAUUGAAGGUCAAGUUGGACUCAGUGUAGGGCAGGUAUCUGUCAUGCUACAAAGAAGUUUAAAGGAGUCUUUUUGGUUGGGGAGGUAACAAGUAGGUAGGACGGAAUCUCUUAAGAUGGGAAAGAUACUGGGGAGAGGAGGGCUGCUUGGCCCAAGGGAACUGCAGUGAGGUGGAACUGAGCUCCACUCCUUAAUCUCCAAACUAGCCCGCACUGUCUAGCUUCCCUGAGUCAUCUUUUUUCCAGCAUCCUGUCAGAUCCCUCAUUGUACUGAUUUUCCCCUUUGUGUUAACUAUACCAAUAUUAUUUUUUUAGCAAUUGAAAUGCACUUUUUUAUUUCAACUCAAUCAUGAUUUUAAGUAUAAAGAAUUUAUAGAUUGUUAAAACUACUUUUUCUGUGUAUUUUUAACCACUCAAUGUAGCAUUGUAUAUUUUAUUCUUGUGAGACUCUGGUACAAGGUGUGCCGCUUAAUGAUUUUUCCAAGAUGCUGGGCCUUUGGAUGUGUACGGUAACCAACUCAAUGCUAAUGUUCAAAGUAAAAAAAAAAAAAAGCAGCC